GAAAGAGUUUAGGUUGGGAAUUGGGGAUUAGGGUUUUGAGCGAAGAUGAUAGAGGUGGUGUUGAACGAUCGAUUGGGGAAGAAGGUGCGUGUGAAGUGCAACGACGAUGACACAAUCGGCGACUUGAAGAAGCUGGUGGCGGCACAGACCGGCACGAGAGCCGACAAGAUCCGCAUCCAGAAGUGGUAUACAAUCUACAAGGAUCACAUCACUCUCAAGGAUUACGAGAUCCACGAUGGCAUGGGUCUCGAACUCUACUACAAUUAAGCUCAAGGUGUGUUUUUAUGCAUCUACUAUAUGCUGGGAAUGGGAUAAGCGCAGAAUGUCAUUUUGACUCGCAAAAGUCCCCUUGAUUUGAAUAAUGUACAUUUCCCCUUGAUGAUAUGGGUUUAAUAUACCGUUGACACCUUUAUGGGUACUCUGUUGUCACCUAUAUAUACGAUGACUUCUUUCUAGGUUCAUUUGGAUGCGGUGUUUCUUGUAGAGUCUUUCUAUUCAAUACGAUGGGUGAAGCUUUUGAUUGUGCCAAUUG